AUGGGCUUCUCCAGCACCGUAGUAGCAGCAGGUCUGCUCUUCGCGGCGAGUGUCAUCGCUGGUGAUGUUAGAGCCUCUGAUCUCGUCGGCGACUGUAGAUGGUCAGAAACCGCCGAGCUCCAUCCCACAUGCAUCGUCCAGCCCUCCUCGGCAGACGUCCUAUCCGGCUUCGUCAAGACUCUCGUCCAAGGCGAGUGUCCCUUUGCCAUCAAAUCGGGAGGUCACAACCCAUGGGCUGGAGUGAAUGACAUCGACGAGGGUGUCGUGGUGGACCUCAGCAAGAUCAAUGAAGUCUCCCUAAGCUACGACCGGACAUCAGUCAAGCUUGGUGCUGGCGGCAACUGGGGCGACGUGUACAAGGCGCUGGAGCCACAAGGCAUGAUGGUUCCUGGAGCUCGUGCUUCUGGAGUUGGUGUUGGUGGCAUGACGCUCGGUGGUGGCCUCUCCUACUUCACGCCUCGCGUUGGACUCACGGCAGACAAUGUUGUCGACUUCGAGGUGGUCCUUGCCUCCGGCGAGGUUGUACAUGCCACUGACUCGGACAACACUGAUCUCUUCUACUCUCUCAAGGGUGGAUCGUCCAACUUCGGUAUCGUCACCCGCAUGGACGUGAAAGCUUUUCAGAAUGGAGAGAUCUGGGGAGGUGAAAUCGUCUCGCCCAUCAACGCCACCGAGGAUGCUCUUCAUCAUCUCAACGACUUCGUGACCAACAGUAACACAGAUGUCAACACAGCUGUCGAGGUGGUGUUCAAUCUCAAUACGACGAAUGGCGAGCAGCGUAUUAUCAGCAUUGUUGCCGACACUGCAGGCAAUGCAGACAGCUCGCUCUUGAAGCCCUUCCAAAGCCUCCCUAAGGUUGCAGACACCUCUCGCAAGACUUCGAUGAGCGACUUGUCUGAAGAGCUCCAGGGUCGGCUUCCUGCUGGCCAGCGGUACGCCUUCGCAACCGUCACCUUUCAAAGCGACCUUGACGCGCUGAAGCAAGUCCACAACAUCUCGCUGGCUGUCUUCGAAGACUACAAGGAUGUCAAAGACGUCACCUGGAAUCUCGUUUACGAGUCUCUUCCGCUGGACUACCAGAACUUUGGCCCCAAUCCAAUUGGCCUCAACUACUCCACCACAGACCGCAUUGCUCUCGUCCUAAACCCGACCUGGCUUGACGCUACACAAGACGAUCAGGUGGCUAAAGCAGCCAACGACUGGGUCGACCGGAUUCAGGAGUGGACCAAUGUCCACGGCAAGUCAUCGCCAUUGGAGCUUCUUCCCUACGCAGCGCCAUUCCAAGAUCCCCUGGAAUUCUACGGUGACGACAACUUGAAGUUUCUCCAAGAGGUCGCGAAGAAGUAUGACCCUGAUGAGGCUUUCCAGAAGCUUGUGCCAGGGGGUUUCAAAGUGAGCAAGGCUGGUCGGCAAUGA